GAGUUAUAUAUACGGCAGAUGUCCUAGAUCGAGAGACAACCCAGUCUUACUGGCUAACUGUGUACGCAACAGACCGAGGUGUCGUCCCUCUUUACACCACCAUUGAAGUCUACAUAGAAGUCGAAGAUGUGAAUGACAAUGCCCCGUUAACUUCGGAACCCAUUUACUACCCAUCAGUUUUGGAAAACUCACCCAAGGAUGUAUCGGUUAUCCAGAUCCAGGCUCAGGAUCCCGACGCCAGCACAAAUGAGAAGAUGAGCUAUCGGAUUACCAGUGGAAAUCCCCAGAAUUUCUUCAUCAUCAAUCCGAAAACAGGUCUCAUAACCACGACGUCAAGAAAAUUGGAUCGAGAACAGCAGGCAGAACAUUUUCUUGAGGUCACAGUCACAGAUGGAGGCGUCUCCCCCCGGCAGUCCACAGUCUGGCUGGUCGUUCAGGUUCUGGAUGAAAAUGACAACAAGCCCCAGUUCCCCGAGAAAGUAUAUCAGAUCAAGUUGCCCGAAAGAGACAGGAAAAAAAGAGGGGAGCCCAUCUACCGAGCCUUUGCCUUUGACAAGGACGAUGGUCCUAAUGCAGAAAUCUCCUACAGCAUAGUGGAUGGAAAUGACGAUGGGAAGUUUUUCAUUGACCCAAAGACCGGAAUGGUAUCUUCCAGGAAGCAGUUCACGGCUGGGAGCUACGAUAUAUUAACCAUAAAAGCAGUUGACAAUGGCCGGCCGCAGAAGUCUUCAACCGCACGACUGCACAUUGAGUGGAUUAAGAAACCGCCACCGUCUCCGAUCCCACUGACUUUUGACGAGCCCUUCUACAACUUCACCGUCAUGGAAAGCGACAGAGUGACAGAAAUCGUUGGCGUGGUCUCGGUGCAGCCAGCCAACAUCCCUCUGUGGUUUGACAUCGUCGGUGGCAAGCAUGCACGAGAGAUGUUCUAUAUCCUACAGACAGCUUGUGGGCAGAACUGUUCAACAGAAGGCGGGAACUUUGAUAGCUCUUUUGACGCGGAUAAAGGCGUCGGGACCAUUGUCAUCGCCAAGCCAUUGGAUGCGGAGCAGAGAUCAGUAUACAACAUGACUGUGGAGGUCACCGAUGGAACAAAUGUGGCAAGCACUCAGGUGCUGAUAAAAGUGUUGGACAAUAACGAUAAUGGUCCAGAAUUUUCCCAUCCGAGUUACGAUGUAACGAUUUCCGAAGACAUCCUCCCGGAUACCGAGAUACUGCAAGUGGAAGCCAUUGACAGAGACGAGAAACAUAAGCUCAGCUACAUCAUCCACAGCAGCAUCGACUCAGUCAGCAUGAGGAAGUUUAGAAUGGAUCCCAAUACAGGAGUGCUGUACACUGCCGAGCGUUUAGACCACGAAGCUCAAGAUAAGCACAUCCUGAAUGUAAUGGUUCGUGACCAGGAGUUUCCUUAUCGCCGGAACUUGGCCAGGGUCCUUGUCAACGUGGAGGAUUCCAAUGAUCACAGCCCCUACUUUACCAGCCCUUUGUACGAAGCCUCCGUGUUUGAGUCAGCGGCCAUUGGGUCUGCAGUUUUACAGGUCACGGCACUGGACAAAGAUAAAGGAGAAAACGCAGAACUGAUCUACUCAAUAGAAUCAGGGAACACUGGAAAUACGUUCAAGAUUGAACCAGUUCUUGGCAUCAUCACAGUGCUGAAGGAACCAGAUCUGACCACGAUGGGCCAAUUUGUUCUAUCAGUCAAAGUGACUGACCAGGGUUCCCCACCGCUGUCAGCCACAGCAAUAGUCCGCAUAUCUGUAACCAUGUCAGACAACUCUCACCCCAAAUUCAUGCACAAGGAAUGGCAAGCUGAAGUGAAUGAAAAUGUUGACUAUGGAACUUCAGUCAUCAUGGUCUCUGCAAUCAGCCAGUCCACACUAGUUUAUGAGGUCAAGGACGGUAACAUCGAUGGAGCCUUUGUGAUAAACCCUUACUCGGGAGUCAUCACUACUCAAAAGCCACUUGAUUAUGAGCGCAUGUCUUCUUACCAGCUCACCGUGCAAGCCAUGAACAUGGCGGGAAUGGCAUCAAAUGUCACUGUGAACAUCCAGGUUGUCGAUGAAAAUGACAACCCUCCUGUCUUUCUCUCCUCGCAGUAUAUGGGCACCAUCAGUGAAGCUGCUCCAGUAAACAGCAUCGUCCGGAGUUUAGGAAAUAAUCCCCUUGUGAUACGAGCCACAGAUGCUGACAGCAAUCAGAAUGCCUUGCUUGUUUACCAGAUUGUUGAGUCCACUGCUAAGAAGUAUUUCACGGUAGACUCCAGCACAGGUGCCAUUAGGACCAUUGCUGACUUAGAUCAUGAAACUAUCGCUCAUUUCCAUUUUCACGUUCACGUUCGAGACAGUGGCAGCCCACAGCUCACUGCUGAAAGUCCAGUUGAGGUUACUAUUGAUGUAACAGAUGUCAAUGAUAACCCUCCAGUUUUCAGUCAGGCUAUGUUUGAGACCGUCUUACUUCUACCAACUUACAUUGGGGUUGAGGUUCUCAAAGUCAAGGCUGCCGACCCAGAUUCAGAAGUCCCUCCUGAAAUGACUUAUAGCCUGAUUGAAGGUAACAUGGAACACUUUGUAAUUGAUUCUACUUCCGGGGUACUGACUAUAAAAAACAAUAGCCUUUCCAAAGACCAUUAUAUGCUCAUAGCAAAAGUGUCUGAUGGGAAGUUCUACAGUACUACUGUAGUGACCAUAAUGGUCAAAGAAGCCAUGGACAGUGGACUCCACUUUACCCAAAGCCUUUAUUCCACAUCCAUCUCAGAAAACAGCACCAAUAUCACACAAGUAGCAGUGGUCAAUGCUGUUGGAAACCGCCUUAAUGAGCCCUUGAAGUAUAGCAUAUUAAACCCAGGGAACAAAUUCAAGAUCAAACCCACCUUGGGUGUCAUUCAAACUACCGGCAUCCCAUUUGACAGAGAAGAACAGGAAUUAUAUGAGCUGGUAGUAGAGGCUAGCCGUGAACUGGACCACCUACGGGUUGCCAGGGUGGUUGUCAGAGUUCACAUUGAAGACAUCAAUGACAAUGCCCCUGUGUUUAUAGGGCUUCCAUAUUAUGCUGCCGUACAAGUUGAGGCUGAUCCAGGGACCCUGAUAUACCGAGUGACGGCCAUUGAUAAAGAUAAGGGUGCAAACGGUGAUGUAUCUUACCUGCUGAAGGAGGACUAUGGGCACUUUGAAAUCGACAGGCGUACUGGCAGUGUCACCUUAAAAGCAGCCUUUAACUCUGACUUAUCUAACAUAGAGUAUUUAAUUAUCGUCAUUGCUAAAGAUGGAGGCAAUCCAUCACUGUCUGCUUCUGUAGAAUUGCCUAUUACAAUAGUUAACAAAGCGAUGCCUGUUUUUGACAAGCCCUUCUAUACAGCCUCUGUAAAUGAAGACAUAGAAAUGCAUACCCCAGUCCUAAGCAUCAAUGCCACCAGCCCAGAAGGCCAAGGGAUCAUUUAUAUCAUUGUCGACGGAGAUCCCUAUAAUCAGUUCAACAUUGAUUUUGAUACCGGAGUCCUCAGCGUCAUUAGCCCAUUAGAUUAUGAAGUCAACCCUAUUUUCAAGCUCACGGUGAGAGCCAGCGAUGCCCUCACUGGUGCCCGAGCUGAGGUCACAGUGGACUUAAUUAUUAAUGAUGUCAAUGACAACGCUCCCAUCUUUGACCACUUUGCAUAUAAUGCCACCUUGACGGAAGCUUCUUUGAUCGGCACUCCCGUCCUGCAUGUUGUUGCCACGGAUGCAGAUUCUGAGAAUAACAAAAUCAUUCAAUAUCAAAUAGUUCAGGACACUUUCAACAGCACAGAUUAUUUUCACAUAGAUGGCACAAGUGGGCUGAUCCUAACAGCCCGCUUACUGGACCACGAAGUGAUGCAGCAAUGCAGUUUGAAAGUCAGGGCAACGGAUAAUGGAUUCCCACCCCUGAGCAGUGAAGUUUUAGUCAGCAUUUUUGUGACUGACAUGAAUGACAACCCUCCAGUUUUCAACCAGUUGAUAUAUGAAUCAUAUGUCAGUGAGCUAGCUCCGCGGGGUCAUUUUGUGACUUGCGUCCAAGCCUCUGACGCAGACAGCUCUGAUUUUGACCGAUUGGAGUACAGUAUCUUGUCUGGAAAUGACCGUACAAGUUUUGUAAUGGACAGUAAGAGUGGAGUGAUCACCCUCUCUAACCAUCGGAAGCAGAGAAUGGAAACUAUGUACAGUUUGAAUGUCUCCGUCUCUGAUGGUUUGUUCACAAGCACAGCCCAGGUUCAUAUCUACAUUCUCGGAGCUAAUUUAUACAGUCCUGUCUUCACGCAGAGUAUUUAUGUGGCAGAGGUUCGAGAAAAUGCACCCCCUGGAACCAAAGUAAUCCACGUAAAAGCAACUGAUGGAGAUUCAGGCAUAUAUGGGCAAAUAAGCUACUCAAUUAUGAAUGAUUUUGCCAAGGAUCGCUUUUUAAUUGAUAACAACGGACAGAUUAUCACCACUGAGAAACUUGAUCGGGAGAUCCCUUUAGAAGGCGAUAUCACCAUAUCGUUGAGAGUCCUCGAUGGUGGUGGGAGAGUGACCUUCUGUACUGUGCAUGUCAUUGUGGUGGAUGAGAACGACAAUGCCCCCCAGUUUAUGACAGUGGAAUACAGGGCAAGUGUCAAAGCAGACGUUGGGCGAGGUCACCUGGUCACUCAAGUGCAAGCGGUCGACUUAGAUGAUGGUGCAAAUGCACGGAUUGCCUAUUCAUUAUACAGUGAAGCCUCAGUUUCCGUCGCAGAUCUGCUGGAAAUUGAUCCAGACAACGGGUGGAUGGUCACCAAGGGGAAUUUUAACCAGCUAAAAAACACAGUGCUCUCCUUCUUUGUCAAAGCUGUUGAUGGGGGCAUUCCUGUAAGGCAUUCCCUUAUCCCUGUGUACAUCCAUGUGUUACCUCCCGAAACUAUCUUGCCUUCGUUUUCCCAGCCGCAAUAUUCCUUCACAGUGUCAGAAGACACACUGAUAGGCAGUACUAUUGAUGUUCUGCAUGUUUUGCCUAAUGAAGGUGCCACCUAUAGUACAGUGAAUGGUGAACUGACGGAAAACAAUAAGGACGGUGUUUUCCUUAUAGAGCGAGAUACGGGUGUCAUAAAACUAGACAAGAGACUUGAUCAUGAAGCAACUCCUGUCUUCCACUUCAAAGUUGCAGCAACUAUACAGCUGGGUAAAGUGGACGUAGUGUUAACCGUGGAUGUGGACAUUAAAAUUUUGGACAUCAAUGACAACAAGCCUGUGUUUGACACAGCCAGCUACGAGGCCAUCAUAAUGGAAGGGAUGCCAGUAGGGACGAAGCUUCUCCAGGUCAAAGCAGUCGAUGCGGACUGGGGGGCAAAUGGUCAAGUGACAUAUUCUCUCUUAGCAGAAUCAGAGGCUGACAGAAUCACUGAGACAUUCACUAUCGAUAGCAACAGCGGCUGGAUCAGCACACUGAAAGACCUGGACCAUGAGAAGAACCCAACUUUCACCUUCACAGUGGUGGCUUCAGACCUGGGAGAAGCCCUGUCCCUCUCAUCGACCACCUUGAUCUCUGUCACCGUGACGGACAUCAACGACAACGCUCCUGUAUUUGAGCACGAGGUAUACCGUGGAUCUGUGAAAGAGAGUGACUCACCGGGUGAAGUCGUUGCUGUUCUCAGCACGUGGGAUGAGGACACAUCCGAUGUCAACCGUCAAGUUAGCUACCAUAUUACAGGAGGGAACCCCAAAGGGAAGUUUGCUCUCGGCCUGGUCCAAAACGAAUGGAAGGUUUACGUCAAGAGACCACUCGAUCGAGAAGAGCAAGACAUCUAUCUUCUGAACAUUACCGCCACCGAUGGGCUGUUUGUAACUCAGACCGCAGUAGAAGUGAUAGUCACAGAUGUUAAUGACAACAGCCCUGUCUGUGAUCAGGUUACAUACAUGGCAGUGUUCCCCGAAGAUAUCCCACCAAAUAAAGUCAUUCUUAAAUUCGGUGCCAAAGACGCGGACAUUGGAUCCAGCGGUGAAAUUCGGUAUUCGCUGUACGGCCCUGGGAAUAGCAAGUUCUUCUUAGAUCCAGAAACCGGGGAGCUGAAAACUUCAGCUCCACUAGACCGUGAGAAGAUCCCUGUUUACAACCUGAUGGCCAGGGCAACUGAUGGAGGGGGCAGAUUCUGCCAGUCCGAACUUCGUCUCAUCCUGGAGGACGUCAACGAUAAUCCCCCAGCCUUUUCCUCUGAUCAUUACACAGCAUGCGUCUACGAGAACACGGCCACCAAAGCCCUGCUAACAAGAGUCCAAGCCAAUGACCCUGAUGUUGGUGUGAAUAGAAAGAUUGUCUAUUCCCUCGCAGACUCUUCAGAAGGUUUUUUCUCUGUAGACAAGUCCUCAGGAAUCAUCAUUUUGGAACACCCGCUGGACAGAGAACUUCAGCCUUCCUACAACAUCACUGUGAGGGCCUCUGACCAGGGCAUUGUGCAGACCCUGUCCUCAUUCGCCACGGUUACAAUCACAGUCCUAGACAUUAAUGACAACCCUCCGGUGUUUGAAAGAAGAGAUUACCUUGUUACUGUGCCCGAGGACACCUCGCCCAGCGCUGAGAUUCUUUCUGUCUUUGCCACAAGCAAAGACAUUGGCACCAACGCGGAGAUCACCUACCUCAUCCGGUCUGGGAACGAAAAGGCGAAAUUCCGGAUCAAUUCAACAACAGGGUCCAUAUCUGUCGUCGAAGCUGUGGACUAUGAGAUGUGUAAGGAUUUCUACCUCGUUGUGGAAGCCCAAGAUGGGGGCAGCCCAGCGCUGAGUGCGGUGACGACUGUGAAUAUCAACGUGACGGACGUUAAUGACAACGCUCCGAGGUUCAGCCAAGAAGUCUACAGCGCCGUCAUCAGUGAAGAUGCUUCAGUCGGCGAUUCGGUGAUCACACUGAUAGCUGAAGACCUGGACAGUCCUCCCAACGGCCAGAUUCAUUUCUCUAUCAUCAACGGAGAUCGGGACAAUGAAUUUUCAAUUGAUCCCAGCUUAGGACUUAUAAAGGUUAAACGGAGAUUGGACCGAGAACGGGUGUCUGGGUAUUCUUUAGUCAUUCAAGCAAGAGACAGUGGCCUUCCUUCUUUAUCAGCAUCUGUAACGGUUAAUGUCGACAUUUCAGACGUGAACGAUAACAGCCCCAUAUUUACCCCUGCCAACUACACAGCUGUGAUUCAAGAAAACAAACCGGUGGGAACGAGCAUUUUGCAGCUGGUGGUGACAGACAAAGACUCCCUGCACAACGGGCCCCCUUUCACCUUCUCCAUCUUGGCGGGCAACGAAGAGGAGGAGUUCACACUAGACCCACAAGGCGUCUUGCGUUCAGCGGUGGUGUUCAAGCACAUGGUAGCGACCGAAUAUGUGCUCUGUGUUCAGGCAAAGGAUUCUGGGAAGCCUCAGCAGACCUCCCAAACCUACAUCCAGAUCCGAGUGAUUGAAGAAAGCAUCCACAAGCCCACAGCCAUUCCCCUGGAGAUCUUUAUUGUCACUAUGGAAGAUGAUUUCCCAGGUGGUGUGAUCGGGAAGAUUCACGCAACGGACCAGGACAUGUACGACGUUCUCACGUACGGCUUGAAGUCGGAGCAGAAGAGUCUGUUCAAGGUCAACCACCACGACGGAAAGAUCAUCGCCCUCGGAGGGCUGGAUAGCGGGAAGUACGUCCUGAACGUGUCCGUGAGCGACGGGCGGUUCCAGGUGCCCAUGGACGUGACGGUCCACGUCGAGCAGCUAGUGCAGGAGAUGCUGCAGAACACCGUCACCAUCCGCUUCGAGAACGUCUCCCCCGAGGACUUUGUGGGGCUCCACAUGCACGGGUUCAGGCGCACCCUCCGCAACGCCGUCCUCACCCAGAAGCAAGACAGCCUGCACAUCAUCAGCAUCCAGCCCGUGGCCGGCACCGCUCAGCUCGACAUGCUGUUUGCUGUUCAGAUGCACGCCGGCGGUUUCUAUAAGCCGGCCUACUUGAUACAGAAGCUCACCAAUGCGAGGCGACACUUGGAAAACGUGAUCCGCAUCUCGGCCAUCCUGGAAAAGAACUGCUCGGGGAUGGAUUGCCAGGAGCAGCACUGCGAGCAGAGCCUGUCCAUCGAUUCCCAUUCCCUGAUGACCUACAGCACCGCGCGCAUCAGUUUCGUCUGUCCUCGCUUCUACCGAAACGUGCGCUGCUCUUGCGAUGGAGGGUUGUGUCCCGGCUCCAGUGAUCCUUGCACAGACAAGCCCUGCCCGGGUGAUAUGCAGUGCGUGGGCUACGAAAUCAACCGAAGGCCUUUCAUCUGCCAGUGCCCUCCUGGGAAGCUUGGGGAGUGCUCAGGACACACUUCCCUUAGCUUCGCCGGGAACAGUUACAUCAAAUACCGGGUUUCUGAAAAUAGCAAGAAGGAGGAAUUCAAGUUGGCCCUGCGUCUGCGGACUCUGCAGAGCAACGGGAUUAUCAUGUACACUCGAGCAAAUCCCUGUAUAAUUCUGAAGAUCGUGGACGGAAAGCUGUGGUUCCAGUUGGACUGUGGCACCGGCCCGGGCAUCCUGGGGAUUUCCGGCAGGGCCGUCAACGACGGGAGCUGGCACUCGGUCUUCCUUGAGCUGAAUCGGAAUUUCACCAGCCUGUCCCUGGACGACAGCUACGUGGAACGGCGCAAGGCCCCCCUCUACUUCCAGACGCUGAGCACCGACAGCUCGGUAUACUUCGGCGCCCUGGUGCAAGUGGACAAUGUCCGGAGCCUGACAGACAAGAGGCCCACGCAGGUCUUGAGUGGCUUCCAGGGCUGCCUGGAUUCUGUCGUCUUGAACAACAACGAGCUGCCGCUGCAAAACAAGCGCAGCACCUUCGCCGAAGUGGUCGGCCUGACAGAGCUGAAGCUCGGUUGCGUGCUGUAUCCCGACGCCUGCGAGAGGAGCCCCUGCCAGAACGGAGGGACUUGCACAAGUGUGCCAUCUGGUGGUUACCAGUGCAGUUGCCUGUCUCAGUUCACAGGCCGAAACUGCGAGUCAGAGAUCACGGCUUGCUUUCCGAAUCCUUGCCGCAACGGGGGGUCGUGCGAUCCCAUAGGCAGCGCCUUCAUCUGCAGUUGCAAGAACGGGUUGACAGGAGUGACGUGUGAGGAAGAUAUCAAUGAAUGUGAGAGAGAGGAAUGUGAGAAUGGUGGCUCUUGCGUCAAUGUCUUUGGUUCAUUUUUGUGUAACUGCACUCCCGGGUUUGUGGGCCAGCACUGCGGGCUGAGGCCAGUGGUCGUCCCCAACAUCCAGGCCGGACAUUCUUACGUGGGCAAAGAAGAGCUGAUCGGCAUCGCUGUGGUUCUUUUCGUCAUCUUUGUGCUCGUCGUCCUUUUCGUUGUCUUCCGCAAGAAAGUCUUCCGGAAGAACUAUUCCCGUAACAAUAUCACCUUGGUCCAGGAUCCGGCCACUGCCGCACUGCUUCACAAAAGCAACGGGAUUCAGUUCAAAACCAUGAGGAACAGUGGGGAUGGUCGCAACAUCUACCAAGAGGUGGGGCCCCCGCAGGUCCCCGUGAGGCCAAUGGCCUACACCCCUUGCUUUCAAAGUGACUCCAGAAAUAACCUGGACAAGAUCGUGGACGGACUCGGGGUGGAGCAUCAGGAGAUGACAACGUUCCAUCCGGAAUCUCCCCGGAUCCUUACUGCAAGGCGGGGGGUUGUGGUGUGCAGCGUGGCUCCCAAUCUUCCAGCUGUGUCUCCGUGCCGCUCUGAUUGUGACUCCAUCAGGAAGACCUGGGAAAAUGGCACUGAUGGCAAAGGAGUUGAUGACGCGGAAGAAGUCACCUGUUUCUCAGGAAGUAAUAAAGGCAGCAAUUCCGAAGUUCAGUCCCUCAGUUCCUACCAGUCAGACUCCGGCGAUGAUAACGCUUCCAUAGUGACUGUCAUACAGCUUGUCAACAAUGUAGUUGACACUAUAGAAAACGAAGUGACUGGUAUGGAUCAGGGACAGAGCUACAACAGAGCUUAUCACUGGGACACCUCUGACUGGAUGCCGAGCGCUCGCUUAUCUGACAUUGAGGAAGUGCCCAAUUACGAGACAGCAGAUGGUGGCUCGGUGCAUCACGGGAGCACGAGAGAACUGGAAACAGAUUAUUACCUUGGUGGCUACGAUAUUGACAGUGACUACCCACCACCGCACGAGGAGGAGUUUUUAAACCAGGACCAGUUGCCGCCUCCUCUCCCAGAGGACUACCCGGACCAGUACGAAGCGCUUCCCCCCUCGCAGCCGAUCUCCAUGGCCAGCACACUUAGCCCAGAUUGUCGGCGAAGGCCGCAGUUCCACCCGAGCCAGUACCUCCCCCCACAUCAGUUCCCCAAUGAGAUGGACAGUGGUGGGUCUCAGACUGGGAAUGAAUUUAGUACUUUUGGCAUUGGCCCGGGACCAAAUAUGGAAAGUGUUAGUGCAACAAAGAAGCCCUUGUCCUUACACAAUUCCCUGGAUGCAUCGUCGUCUGACGUUUCAGCGGGCUGCGGCUUUGAUGACUCAGAGGUCGCCAUGAGCGACUAUGAAAGCAUCGAAGAGCUCUGUCUGGAUCACCAUCACAUGCACCUUCCCUUUGUGGAGACCCAUCAACAGACUCAAGUGUGA